AUUUCUGACACAUCAAAAAGAGGAGAUGCAAGUAUCAUCACCGGGGCUAUCGGGUGCCCUGAUGAAUGUAAAUCUGCGCAAGGCAAAAUUCCAGCUCCCAGAGGGAUCGUCACUCUUUUCAAGGAACCAACCACAAACUUCUACCUCUGCCCACUCUGGUCCUGGCCUCUCUGCUGCCUUGAUGAACACCAACCUCAGAAGUGCCUCCUACAGUCUCCCAAGUGCAUCACUUUUGAGGCAGCCUGGUUCUGCUGAUACCUCUGACCCACAGACUCUUGAUCUUUCCAAUGCUCUUCGCAAUAAGAACCUACGAUCCGCCACCUUCCGUUUGCCAGAUGGAACUCUGAUGACGCAUUCUCAGCCUGCUUCUUCACCCCGAACACUUGACCUGUCUAAUGCUUUGUCAAAGAACCCAAACCUUCGUGGGGCAAAUUACCGUCUCCCCGAUGGUAAUAUUAUGACACGACUUGGUGCUCCGAGGACUCCAGAACCACGUUCACUUGACCUCUCAGGUGCCCUACUGAACCCUCACAUCAGACAAGCUUCUUUCCACCUCCCCUCAUAUGCAGUAGUGUCACCCCAGGCAAAGGGAUCUGGCCUUGAAGAACACUGGGCUCAGGGAUCUGGAAUUGAUGGCUUAGUACUGCAGCAGGAUGUGGACGUAUGGGGUGCAGAGACAAUACUACCGCAUGGUACAGUGCAGAACCUCAAUAAGUGGUCCAUGUAUAGAGACGGGGAACUACUGGAGCCCCAUAUUGUGAUGGGACCUGGACACAUGGGCCUUGUACCAGGGGGAUGGAAUCUCAGCAGGGAGGGGGAACCACAGGGGCACUGGUUUGACAAGAUAUACUCAAUCAGGAGCUUGUCCACCAUGAAUCACCGGGAGCUAAGAGAGGGCGAUGGAGUGGAAGAUAUGACACAGCUUGAGGAGAUGCAUGAAGGGAGUGUUCUGCUGAACAUGAAGAAAAGAUUUGAUAGAGAAAUCAUUUAUACAUACAUAGGUAGUAUUCUGGUGUCCGUAAACCCCUACAAGAUGUACAAUAUUUAUGGGACAGACAUGGUGCUGCUUUACAAAGGUCAUGCUCUGGGAGAGAAUCCUCCGCAUUUGUUUGCCAUAGCAAAUGCUGCUUAUUCCAAAAUGAUGGAUGCCAAACACAACCAAGUCAUAAUAAUCAGUGGGGAGAGCGGUGCGGGGAAAACUGAGGCCACCAAACUAGUCCUUCGCUACCUAGCAGCAAUACACCACAAAUAUAAUGUGGCGCAGCAGAUACUUGAGGCAGCUCCUCUGCUGGAAUCCUUUGGAAAUGCCAAAACUGUGCGGAAUGAUAAUUCCAGUCGCUUUGGGAAAUACAUAGAGGUCUUUCUGGAGGAUGGUGUGAUCAGCGGUGCCAUAACCUCUCAGUAUCUGUUGGAAAAGUCUCGUAUUGUCUUCCAGGCCAAAGAUGAGAGGAACUAUCACAUCUUCUACGAGAUGCUGGCAGGUCUUCCUUCGCAGCAGAAGCAGACCUUCUACCUACAAGAGGCUGAGACCUACUAUUACCUCAACCAGGGAGGGGAUUGUGGAAUAUCAGGAAAGAGUGAUUCAGAAGAUUUCCUGCGUCUGCUUGCUGCCAUGGAGAUCCUCCACUUCACCCCUGACGACCAGUCGGCCAUCUUUCGAGUUCUUUCUUCCAUACUGCACCUGGGCAAUGUCUACUUUCAAAAAUAUGAGGCUGAUGGCCAGGAGGUGGCGUCAGUGGUCAGUGCACAGGAGAUCAGAGUGGUGGCAGAGCUGCUGCAGAUUUCUCCAGAAGGACUACAGAAAGCCAUCACCCACAAAGUCACAGAGACGAUGAGGGAGAAGAUCUACACCCCACUGACUGUAGAAAGUGCUGUUGAUGCCAGAGAUGCUGUUGCCAAGAUCCUGUACUCGCUGCUCUUCCACUGGUUAACAGAGAGGAUCAACGCUCAGGUGUACCCGCGCCAACACUCCCUCUCCAUCUCCAUCCUGGACAUUUACGGAUUUGAGGAUCUGGCCUUCAACAGCUUUGAGCAGCUUUGCAUUAAUUAUGCAAAUGAGUACCUGCAGUUCUUCUUCAACAGGAUCAUAUUCAGGGAGGAGCAGGAGGAGUACAGCCGGGAACAGAUCCCCUGGCAGGACAUCCCAUUCAAUGACAACCAGCCCUGCAUCGACCUCAUCGCCACAAAGCCUCAUGGGAUACUGAGGAUUCUGGAUGAUCAGAGCUGCUUCCCACAGGCAACAGACCACACUUUCCUCCAAAAGUGUCACUAUCACCAUGGCAACAACCCGCUUUAUCUGAAGCCAAAGAUGCCACUCCCAGAAUUCACCAUCAAGCACUUUGCUGGCCGGGUCAACUACCAGGUUUACAAGUUCCUCGAUAAGAACUACGACCAGGUUCGACAGGACGUCCUGGAUCUAUUCAUCCAGAGCAAGAACAAGAUGGUCUCAAACCUAUUCCAGAGUCACGCAGAGGUCAUGGGUCAACAAAGAGGAGGUCACAUGAGGAAAAGCAGCACAGUCACCAGGAAAUACCAGGCAUCCACUGUCAGCAGCAAGUUCCAACAGUCCCUGCUUGAGCUUGUGGAGAAGAUGGAGAGGUGCAAUCCUUUUUUCGUUCGCUGCAUUAAGCCAAAUAAUAUGAAGCAACCAGGUGUGUUUGAAGAUGAGCUGGUGAGCAGCCAGCUGCGACACUCGGGCGUCCUUGAAACCAUUCGUAUCCGCAGAGAGGGAUAUCCUGUCAGAAUGCCAUUCUACGUUUUCCUCUUCAGGUAUAAGUCUCUGGUAGGGAUGCGGGAGCUUCCAGCUGCAAACGGAGAGAACUGUGUGGUGAUGCUCAGUAAACUGUGUCCGCUUAGACCAGGAGCGUACCAUGUCGGAGUCACAAAGAUUUUUUUGAAGGAGGACGUCUUCCAGUUGCUGGAGUGUAAGCGGGAGCGCUCACGUGAUCUCGCCGCUCUCACUCUGCAGCGAUACACCCGUAUGUUCUUUGUGAGGAAGCGCUUCACGGCCUUCCGCAAAAAGAUCAUCGGGCUGCAGGCGCAGUGCCGAGGCUUCCUGACCAGAAAGCGCUAUGUGAAAAUGAGGCAGAGUCUGGUCCGAUUCCGCUCCAUUGUCCACAUGUAUGUCAACCGCAAGCAAUACAUCAAGAUGAAGUUUAACGCUCAGAGGAAAGCUCAGGAGGAGCAGAGGAGGAGAGACAUGGAGCUGACCAAGAGGGAGGUGGUGAAUGUCACACACUUGGUGAUUCCUGCAGAGCUGGGCGCUUUACUGCAGACAGUAGGAGUCAGGAGGGAGCUGCACUCGGACUGUUUGGCUCUGCUUCAGGCGCCUCAUAUCCAGGAAGAGGCUCAACUCACCCUGCCUCUGGACAUCAACAACUACCCGUUCUACCGCUAUGUACAGGUCUACUUUAAGGAACCAAAGUUUGGGAUGUUGACAGCUCCUCUGGAGUCACCGCUUACCCGAGUUGAAGAAGAUCUGAAAGGGGAAGCGUUGGAGCUUUUCAUCAUGGUCUUAAGGUUCAUGGGCGACCCUCACCUGAACGGGGCUCAGGAAAACAUGUUUGGGAAUUACAUCGUCCAAAGGGGCCUGAUGUCUCCAGGGCUACGGGACGAGAUCCUGUCUCAGGUCGUCAACCAGGUGUGGAGGAACAUAAACCUGGACAACGCAGAGAGAGGCUGGCUGCUGCUGUUAGCGUGUGUCUGCAGCUUUGCCCCGUCGCCCAAGAUGGAAAAAUAUCUGCUGAAGUUUGUAUCAGACCAUGCCCCUGCUGGCUACCAGGCGCUACUGCAACACAGAAUCAUCCAAGCCAAUCAGAAGACACAGUUAGGCUUAGGCUCCACCCACGAGACUGCAAGGACCUAUCCACUGUCACUGCUGGAGUGGACGGCCAAUAGGAAGAAGGCUAACAUGGUGUUGCACAUGCACUGUUUUGAUGGUCGGACAUUGCUGUGUCCGGUCCAUUCCUGGACUAGCGGGGAGGAAUUAGCAGGGGACAUCCUGCGCCACAGGGGUGUGUCUGACUUGUGGAAAGGGAGUUCAGUUCUGAUGAAGGAGCAUGGCCAGUGGGUGGAGUUAGCGGGUCACGACUACGUGAUGGAUCUGAUUGCAGAUCUGGAGCUUCCAACUGACUUCCCGAAGCAGAAGAGCUACUUUGUCAUCAGCACCGAUGACCCGGCUCGAAUCAGAGCUAAUGCCAGUCUCACUUUGGUCGGCACUGGCUUUGACUCAGAUGAGGAGCUUGUUCCGUCUUUUCCUUUGAGCAACAGCAGACCAGCCUACAGUCUGCCUGACUCUGAUGGUUACUACAGCCAUGCAGAGUCAGAUGCGUUCAGCGAUGGUCAGACUCAGAGAGGGAUGGACCGUUACCUGGACAGUCUGUUUGACCCUGUGCUCUCAGACAGCAGCAUCGACAUGGAAAAGGCUGGAAGUUUGUCAGCGAGGAUGAAAGGUGGAGGCGGAAUAGGCAUCACGGGAGGAGGAGGAGGGGAGGAGACUCGUACGUCUCCCGGCCGGCCUUAUCCACCAGGAAUACAUCCUGGAGCUGUGCCAGUUCUUCCAGUAGCAGGAGGAAUGAUGCCACCCAUCCCUGCCAUGCCCAUCCCCUCCCACCACCAUCACCACGAGCAACACCAACAACAGCAGCAGCAGCCACAACCACAACCACAACCGCAGCCGCAACAACAGUACCACCAAUACAACCGUCCCCAACCCCCACAUCCCCAGCAGCCUUAUCCUGCCACCACUCCCGCCACACAAGUGGCCCCAACUCGUGCACCCACUGCUGCGCUCCCUGCGCCCCGUGUUCCUGAGGUCCCUGCUCAGUCGGCCACUCCCUCACUCCCAGCCACACCUGUAGUUCCAGGCCUACCUGUCAUGACAGGUGUGCCAGGAUCAGAGCAGGCAGUGUUGACUCAGCAGCAGCAGGCCAUUAUCAACCAGCAAGCUAUUAUCCUGGCCCAGCAGAUGACCAUGCAGGCCAUUGCGAUCCAGCAGCAGAUGUUGUCCUCCUUCCCUCCUGUAGCUCCAGCCCCACAGUCACCGCAGUCACAUCAUCACACACAGUCACAGCAACGCUCCCACACACCCAGUCCCACUAAAGACAGUGACGCCUCCGCACACAAGCCUGGUUCUGCGUCUGUUCAUCGGAAAACAAGCCCGACGCGCGCCCCCCCUCCUGAGGAUGUGGUCCGAUCCAGUGCGAGUAACGCCGAGCGCGUGGAGCCCAGCCAUGACAUCAAAGACAUCAUCAAACAGCACCAGCCUGCUGCUACAACAACUUCUACUGGAAGCGUCACACAGAGAAAAGGUGACGGAAAAAUGUUUUCAAAGAAGCCAGAUCCUCACGAUGAAGCUAUGGAGAUCCUCAAAGACCAGAUGGCAAACCCACCACAGCCGAUGCAGAGAAAGACUCAGUCCUCUCAACAUAAAGACCAAGGCGGCGUCAAGUUUACUAAGUCGAGCAGGUCUCGUCCAGCAGGAACAACUAGCUCCAACAUAAGCCCCGCCCCUCCUCCAGUCUCCAGAGAGUUGCCGGUAGAGGAGGAAAUCAUUCAGACUCAACUCCACAGCAGAGCCAGUGAUGAAUAUUACACUUACUCCAACGUCCCCUGGAAGCUCUACAUGAGGAAAGAGGUUUUCUACCCUAAAGAAACCCUCAACAAUCCACUUUCUCUGGACCUGAUCUUCAGACAGGUUAUUCAUGACACCUUCUCUGAGGCCUGUAUCCGCAUCACUCAGGAGGAGAGACAGAAGAUGAAAGCUCUCCUUGUGGCGAAUAAUGUGGAUCAGGGUUCGGGAACGCAUGAUGAGAAAAUAAAGAAGGAAGUGGUCUCCAUGGCCAAAGACUCAUGGGAGAUCUACUUUUCCCGCCUCUUUCCGGCAUCUGGCAGUGUGGGGACAGGGGUGCAAGUGCUGUCUGUGUCUCAUAAAGGCAUCAAGCUGCUGAAGAUGGUGCGGAGCAGUUCCUCUGCCUCGGAUUACUUCCGAGUGCUGAGGCCUUACGGCUACUCGGACAUCCUGUUUGUGUCGAUUCCAUCUAAGAACAUGCUGGAGUUCAACCUGACCAACGAGAAGUUGAUCUUGUUCUCUGCCAAGGCCCCGCAGGUCAAACACAUGAUUGACUACUUCCUCACAGAGCUCAAGAAGGACUCGGAGUAUGUGGUGGCUGUGAGGAACUACAUCACCGAAGACAGGACUCUGCUCAGCUUCCACAAAGGAGACAUCAUCAGGCUGCAGCACAUGGACGGGCUGGAGGCUGGCAAAUAUUAUGGCUGCAUAGUGAGGAAGAAGGUCAUGCUUCUGGAGGAAAUAAAGAGAGACACUCCUGAGUUUGGCUGGCGGUUCGGGGCUGUGUAUGGAAAGUCGGGAGUGUUUCCCAGCGAGUACGUCCAUCCUGUGGCUGCUCCAGACUUUCUGAUUCUCCCCGAUGAACGGACGGAGCCUCGACACAGACAGGGACGAGUCGCUGCCUCUGCUGCUGUUGCCGUAGCGAUGGGCUCGGCGGUCGCUGCCCACGAGCUUGACCUCUCCACAGAGGUAGUAAAUGAGAUGUACGGGGACAGUCUGAGCGGUGAACAGGACGAGCUGCCUCUGCAAGGUGGCCAGUACAACAUGGUUGAGUUUGCCAGGAAGUACUUCAGAGAGGCCCAGAAGAACAAGAGUGAUCAGAAAGCCAAAAAGGGGAAGGAGGGCAGGGAGCCUGUUGAUAUGGUUAAAUUCUCCAAGUCUCCAAUCCAGGAGUCUCUGAUCGAUUUCUCAGACAGCGGAAUGAACAGAGUGGCUACCGACAUCUUCGUAGCCAUAAUGAAGUUCAUGGGAGACUUCCCACUGAAAGGGCAAACUGAACAGGACCUGGUCGCCACUAUUCUGAAGUUAAGCAGUGACCAUGGCCUGAUUAAGGAUGAAGCCUACUGCCAGGUGAUGAAGCAAGUCACCGCUAACACCAGCUCCAAACCGGACAGUUGUCAGAGAGGAUGGAGGCUGCUUUACAUCCUGACAGCUUUUCACCGCUGCUCUGAUGUGAUGAAGCCGUUUCUGUUGAAGUUUCUGCAGGACGCGUGUGCCGGCCCCGGAGUUCUGUACCAAGGUAUUGCCAAGGCAUGUGAGCAGAAUCUGAUGAGGACUUUUCAAUAUGGUGGACGUAUACAGUAUCCCAACAAUAUGGAACUCAAAGCCAUGCUGGCUGGGCGGAGCUCCAAGAGACAGCUGUUCUUGCUGCCAGGUGGGAUUGAAAGGCACUUGAAAAUCAAGACGUGCUCUGUAUCUAUGGAUGCCAUCGAGGAGCUUUGUUAUGAGAUGGGACUGCACAGAGUGGAGGCAUUGGAUGAAUAUGCCAUCUUUUUGGUCACACACAAAGGUCAGAAUGUGCGUCCCCUAAACAAGCGUGAAUACAUCCUGGACAUUGUUACGGAGGCCGAGCCCGUGGACGCUAACUACAGUCUGUGGUUCAGAAGAGUCAUAUGGAGUCUGGCUCUGAAGCUCGAUAAUGAACUUUAUGUCACCAUGCACUAUAACCAGGUCUUGCCAGACUACCUGAAGGCCCUGCUCAGUGUGGUUCCUCAGGGUAAAGUCAGUGAACAGCAUCUCCAGCAGAUUGCCAGACUGGCUGCCCUUCAGCACCGUGCCAAGGACACCAGCUACCUGCCCACCCUUCGUGAGGUGCAGGAGUGUGUCCCACCGCAGUUCUACGGCAAACAAGGUUCACAGCAUUGGCUGAACAUGGCAACUCAACACAUGCAGCAGGUCCAGCCGAUAAACCCACACCAGGCCCGUGCACAGUUUCUUGGUCUGGUCAGUGCCUUCCCCAUGUUUGGCUCCUCUUUCUUCUACAUCCAGAGUUCGAGCACUGCAUCCAUCCAUGCCCCGUGCAUCCUGGCUGUAAAUCUGAACGGACUACACUUUCUCAACAAAGACACUCACGAGGCCAUGGUGCGUUUCCCUCUGAAGGAAGUCCAGUCAACUCGCACCCAGAGACCAACCUCAGGCUCUAGUUACCCGUAUGUGGAGAUAAUGAUAGGGGACCUGCUCAACCAGCGCAUCACACAGUUACAACUGGAGCAGGGCUUGGAGCUGUGCCGAGUCAUUGCCAUGCACAUGGAGAACAUGUUGUCAGUCAGAGAAAAGAGACUCACUCUGCCACCAAGUGAAAUUACCCUUUUAUAGCACGCACACACUGUAUAUAACACUGUAUGCCUUAUAAAUAUACUUCAUCUACCUCUGUUUAAAAAAAAUAGAGUAUUUUGAUAUUUAAAAUUAAUGUUUCUUGUUUAAAUGUAUGUUGGUGACGCUGAUGACAGAGUUUUGUGGGAAAGGACAUAUUUCCAUAAUCUUAUUUUUAUCAUCAAAUUGUCUGGGCCAUUAUUUUCCCCAAUUUUAUUGUUUUUUUGUGAACUUGUUUGGUCCAACAUGCAGUCCAAAACCAAAAGAUAUUCAGUUUGCCACAUAACUUUUUGUAGCUGUAAUCAAGACAAUUUCGGGCCUUUUUGAUUAAUUUCCUUGAAUUCAUCAGAAUUAUUGCACAUUUGCUUAAUAAACUUGUUUUCACUCUUUUCGGAAUCUAUUCAACAAUAAACUAGUAUCUCUGUGCAUGGUACAGCACAUCGUUAUAUACCUGUGCCAUGCAUGUACUUACAGUAUGUGCACAAUAAUGAGUCUGUGAUGCAGUUGGUGGUUUAGACUCAUUGUUAAUGAUUUUUUAGUUUCAUAUUUUUUUAGCCAGAACUGCUUAAAAUCAUGUUUGCCGUGGUUGCUGGACAGGACUUUAUUAACUUAAACUUCCCCACGUCAGAAGAAUAUUAUGAUUUGAUCAUUGAGUUGUACCACGGAUCAAGGGUAAAACUGCUGCUGUAGUUGGCUUUGCACAAGUUAAGAAACAUUUGCAAACUUAAUUUUAGCUGUUUCAUAUGUUUAGCAUCAUUUGAUGCUUGUGAUUUGAAAUGAAAUAUUGUUAAGUUCAGGCCUGCAUUACAUUGGCUUCAUUUAAUGGGCCUUCUUUCUUUAUUUAUUUUUUAUUUACUUUACCUAAUUUUGCCUUUCUUUGGUUGUGAAUUGAAGUUGUGAAAAAGAAGGAAAUUAUACUGAUGCAUGUGCAUGUUUUAUAGACCCCCCCAUCAUUGAACACUUUGCACUAAGACAAAAUAUUUAUACACAAUAUAUGAUAAUGUAUAUAAUAUAUACAAUGUAUAUACCUUUUUUAAAU